UGUCCGCCUGUCCCCCUUCAAACGCAAAUAAACCUUGUUUUCUCUCUCAUACAAAACACAGUCUCUUCUUCUUGAAUUCACAAAACCACAACUUCCCUCACUAUUUUCUCACUACUUCUCUCUCUCUUUCUCUCUCUCUCUUGCCAUAUUCUUUAAUCUUCUUUUACUUUGCCUUUAACACGGAAACGAAAACGAAGACCCCAAUGGAAGCACCAGAAUUCUAUCAGAACAGUUUUUGCCCACAAUUCGUGCCGGAAAAGCGCCACUCCACCGACAACAAGACCGCCGGUGGUGCCGACCAUUUCAUCGUCGAAGACCUCCUCGACUUUUCCAAUAACGACGCUGUCAUUACUGAUGGCGCCUUUGACAGCGUCACCGGCAACUCUACCGAUUCUUCGACCGUCACCGUCGUCGACUCCUGCAAUUCUUCUUCAUUUUCCGGCUGCGAACCUAAUUUCGUCGGUGAUAUUGGCUGCCGGAGUUUCACAGACGGCAAUUUCUCAGGCGACCUCUGUGUUCCGUAUGACGAUUUAGCUGAGCUCGAAUGGCUAUCGAAUUUCGUGGAGGAAUCAUUUUCCAGCGACGACCUGCAGAGACUACAGCUCAUAUCCGGAAUGAAAGCUUCCCGGACCACCGACGAAGAAGCAUCCGAUACCCGUCACUUUCAACCCGAACCGAACCGAAACGCCCCGAUUUUCAAUUCCGAAAUGUCUGUCCCAGCCAAGGCUCGCAGCAAGCGUUCUCGGGCCGCUCCAUGCAACUGGACGUCUCGUCUCCUCCUACUCUCUCCAACCACAACAACGACGACCGCGUCCACGACGUCUUCCUCGGAAGCCGACGUCGUCGUUUCGACUCCACCACCACCGCCGCCAAACCCUGGCAAAAAGACCGUAAAGGCCCCGCAGAAGAAGAAGGAGAGCCCCGACAGUGCGGCAGGCUCCGGCGACGGACGUAAGUGCCUGCAUUGCGCCACUGACAAGACGCCGCAGUGGCGAACCGGACCCAUGGGCCCCAAAACGCUAUGCAACGCCUGCGGUGUCCGAUACAAGUCGGGUCGGCUCGUACCCGAGUACCGACCCGCUGCCAGCCCGACUUUCGUCCUGACGAAACACUCAAACUCGCACCGUAAGGUGUUGGAGCUUCGGCGUCAGAAGGAGAUGAUGAGGGCUCAGCAACAGCAACAGCAACAGUUCCUUCAUCAUCACCAUCAUCAUCAGAAUAUGGUGUUUGAUGUAUCGAACGGUGAUGAUUACUUGAUCCACCAACAUGUGGGGCCCGAUUUCAGACAGAUGAUCUAGCAGGUUCUAUUGACGGCGGAGAUUUUCUGAGGUUUUAGUGGCUUUUGGCUAAAUUAAUUAAUUGUUAGAGAAUUUCGUAAUUUUCAUUUUUCCUUUUUUCUCUCUAAUCUUUUCUAGGAGGUAAUUUUUCCUAACUUAAUUUUGAAUCUCGUAGACUCUUUACUAUUUUAAGUUGUUUUUUUUUUUUUUUGUUUAAUUACUUCUAGGCCAAAGUUUGGCCAUCUGUUUACCCAAUUUUUCAUAAUUUAGAUAUAUAUUUUUU